UGCUGUCGUCAUCACGUCGGCCGGAGCUAGCGCUGCGUCCUGGGCCACGCCUCCCGGCGCACCGACGCGCCUCUCCGGUUACUAAGCGGCCUUGGAUACCUGGCCGCGGGAUGCUGGGCGGCGUCAGGUGACCGGUGGUCGCUGGGCCUCAGGUAACCAUGGAGAAAGAGCUGCGGAGCACCAUUCUUUUCAAUGCCUACAAAAAGGAGAUAUUUACCACCAACAAUGGCUAUAAAUCCAUGCAGAAAAAACUUCGGAGUAAUUGGAAGAUUCAGAGCUUAAAAGAUGAAAUCACAUCUGAGAAGUUAAAUGGAGUGAAACUGUGGAUUACAGCUGGGCCAAGGGAAAAAUUUACUGCAGCUGAGUUUGAAAUCCUGAAGAAAUAUCUUGACACCGGUGGAGAUGUCUUUGUGAUGCUAGGAGAAGGUGGAGAAUCCAGAUUUGACACCAAUAUUAACUUUUUACUAGAAGAAUAUGGAAUCAUGGUUAAUAAUGAUGCUGUGGUUAGAAAUGUAUAUCACAAAUAUUUCCAUCCUAAAGAAGCUCUAGUUUCCAGUGGAGUCUUGAACAGGGAAAUUAGCCGAGCUGCAGGAAAGGCUGUGCCUGGGAUCAUUGAUGAGGAAAGCAGUGGAAACAAUGCCCAGGCUCUCACCUUUGUGUAUCCUUUUGGUGCCACAUUGAGUGUCAUGAAACCAGCAGUGGCAGUUCUGUCUACAGGUUCUGUCUGCUUCCCACUUAACAGACCCAUUCUGGCUUUCUAUCACUCAAAGAACCAAGGUGGGAAGCUGGCAGUGCUUGGUUCAUGUCACAUGUUCAGUGAUCAAUAUUUGGACAAAGAAGAAAACAGCAAAAUCAUGGAUGUUGUUUUCCAGUGGCUCACGACAGGAGACAUCCACCUAAACCAGAUUGAUGCUGAGGACCCAGAGAUUUCUGACUACAUGAUGCUGCCCUACACAGCCACCCUAUCAAAGCGGAAUCGAGAGUGUCUCCAGGAGAGUGAUGAGAUCCCGAGGGACUUUACCACCCUCUUCGACCUGUCCAUCUUCCAGCUGGAUACCACCUCCUUCCACAGCGUCAUCGAGGCUCACGAGCAGCUAAAUGUGAAACAUGAACCACUCCAGCUCAUCCAGCCUCAGUUUGAGACACCGCUGCCAACCCUUCAGCCUGCGGUUUUUCCUCCCAGUUUCCGGGAGUUACCACCUCCUCCUCUGGAGCUAUUUGAUUUAGAUGAAACGUUCUCCUCUGAGAAGGCACGGCUGGCUCAGAUUACCAAUAAGUGUACUGAAGAAGACCUGGAAUUCUAUGUCAGGAAGUGUGGUGAUAUUCUUGGAGUAACCAGUAAACUACCAAAGGACCAACAGGAUGCCAAACAUAUCCUUGAGCACAUCUUCUUCCAAGUGGUGGAGUUCAAGAAAUUGAACCAGGAACAUGACAUCGAUACAAGUGAAACAGCAUUCCAGAACAAUUUCUGAAGACCAUGCCUCUUGAAGCUUUUUCUGCCUCCUGAUUCUCUCUUUGUAAACUAUUUUCAAAUUGUUUUUCAACUCUUUAUCAAAAUUGUUUAUACACUCCUCCAUGAGCUCUGGAAGGUAUAUGCAUCUUCUGUAAUACUCAGAUAGGUAUAAGAUUUUUCACAAAAUCCUUAUGUAAGAUACAUUCCAUUUUUAAAAAUUAAAUGUAUGGUUGCAUCUGUCUUUUUAUACCCUAUGAAA